AUGUCGGUUGCGCUCGCACUGCUUCUUGGAACUGUACGCUACUUCAUUCUUGAUCAUACAGACCCGCUCCAUUGCGAUGCAUUGUUAACGGAGGGGCAAUGGCUCGACGAUAGGUUUAAGAACUGGCAACCUGAAGGUUGUAUGAUGCACACGUACCAACAGGGAGACGUUUCGAGAUGUUUGGGUGCACGCCGUAUCGUCUUUAUCGGCGACUCUAUUACCCGCCAGUUAUUCUUUCAAUUUGCGCACAUCGUAGACCCUAGUCUACCCACUGCCCCGCCAGACGACGGGAGCAAACACACCGACCACGUCUAUACUUCCCCUACCGGGCUGCAACUCUCAUUCUUCUGGGACCCAUACCUAAAUACCUCGCAUGCGCAGUCGUACAUCAACUCAUCGCCAACCCCAAGCUCGAGUUUGAACUUUGGCCCAGGUAUGAGUGAGGACACCGACCCCGAUCGUCCCGCUCUCCUCGUGCUUGGCUCCGGCCUAUGGUACCUCCGCUACGCAGAGGCAGGCUCAGGUGGUCUUUCAGCAUGGGAAGCCAAGAUGGCCUCCACACUGGAAGCGCUCUCCCGUGCGCACCCCCGCCCUGCAGACGACGUCGUACUGCUUCCCAUCGAGGACAUAGUCGUCUCCAAGCUCAACCACGAACGCGCCGCUUCGAUGCGUGCACCAGACGUCGACGCCAUGAACUCAGACCUCAUGCACCGGAUCAACCCACCUGCGCUCUCGGACCCGUACUCGUUCCUCCCAGGCACGAGCCGAGGCGCGGGCACGCGAUUGCCGGUAUCGCUGCCACUGGUGUUCAAUAAGAUGCUCGAUCCAUCGCAGACGGAGGAUGGGCUGCACUUCGCCGACCCUAUCGUUGCGGCGCAAGCGCAUAUCCUGCUCAACCUGCGCUGCAAUGACGCGCUCCCAAAGACGUUCCCGAUGGACAAGACGUGCUGCCGGCGGUAUCCCCUGCCGUCUCCGCUGCAUUCAAUUGUGCUUGCCGCUGCUAUUUUUUGGGGCCCUGUCUGUGUCGCUUUAUCUAGUCGCCUAGGCUCGCGCCCACCAGGACAACAGUUAGUCGGGGAGAGCGAAAUGCCUGCCGUUGUCGUCAGUGCCGCCUCUGCCUUGAUAUAUAUCGCAGAUCGAACGGGCUUCUGGCUGAAGGAGCAGAAGCAGUUCAGCCCAUGGACGUUCUCGUUCCUUUCCUUGCUUAGUCUGACGGUGGGAUUAGUCACUGUCAGGCGAGGGGACAAGGACCUUGGGUUCCUAAACCGUGAGCAGACAGACGAAUGGAAGGGCUGGAUGCAAAUCGCUAUCCUCAUCUACCAUUAUACAGGAGCAUCUAAGAUUUCUGGGAUCUACAAUCCCAUACGUAUUCUGGUCGCUUCCUACCUCUUCAUGACUGGAUACGGCCACACCACAUUUUAUGUCAAGAAAGCGGACUUUGGGUUCACACGAAUCGCACAAGUCAUGAUCCGCCUUAAUCUCCUCACGCUGCUACUCGCAUAUACCAUGAACACCGACUACCUCUCAUACUAUUUCGCCCCGCUGGUAUCAUGGUGGUUCCUCGUCAUCUAUGGCACCAUGCUCGUUGGGUCUCGGUUCAACGAUCGCACCGUCUUCUUAGUCUGCAAGAUCUUCCUUUCUAUGGGCGUUGUGACGUGGUUCAUGAGCGAGCAAUGGUUGCUCGAUACUAUCUUCGAGUUCUUGAAGCGGACGUGUGGCAUACACUGGUCUGCGCGAGAAUGGGCCUUCCGGGUCAACCUGGAUCUGUGGAUCGUAUACAUCGGAAUGUUCACGGCACUCGCAGUUAUGAAAAUCCGUGAACAUCGUCUGACAGACCACCCGCAAUGGCCGCUGAUCGUCAAGGCGUCCGCUGGUGCCUCCGGCAUCGUGCUACUGUGGUUCUUCGCCUUCGAGCUAUAUCAGCCCGACAAGUUUGCGUACAACCUCUGGCACCCAUACAUCUCCUUCCUCCCCAUCGCGGCGUUCGUUGUGCUGCGCAAUGCGAACGUCAUCCUACGCUCCGCGUCCUCGCGUAUGUUCGCCUUCAUCGGAACUUGCUCGCUGGAGACAUUCAUCAUCCAGUAUCACUUCUGGCUUGCGGGCGAUACCAAGGGCAUCCUGCUCGUCAUUCCUGGCACUCGAUGGCGUCCGGUGAACCUCAUCCUCACCACCGUCAUGUUCAUUUACUUGUCCCACCAUGUUGCCCAGGCUACCGGGGAGAUAACGAACUGGGUAUGCGGCUCGUCGAAAUCGCAGACGCUACCAACGACCGCGCCAGACGCCCAGUCAUCCUCUGGUCGGCGCGCCCACUCGGUUAUACCGAUGAACGAGCCUGAAGUCAUCUUCCUUGCAUCGCAGGAUGAUGAGUCGAGAAAGGACGACGGCGAUGAUCUCCCGCCGAUGCCAGAUACACCAGCACGCCCGCAGCACAGGUGGCUUGAUAGGCUCGCGGAAGGCACGACUGCCUCUCAACCUUCGUCGCCGGGUUUCAGAGUCUGGUAUGGCGAGACUGAGUGGAAGCCUGGCGCAAAGACAAAACUCAUUAUUGCUAUGAUUGUCAUGUGGUUGCUCAACAUCAUGUGGCCAUACCCAUCGUCGUAGCCCAAAUGGACAGAUCUCUAUGCAUUGCAGGCACUCACUACACAUACAUAUUGGUGUAAGGUACUCUAUCAUACACGGAAUCAUAAUAUCUCCCACAGCUGGAUGAUGCCG